AUGAGGCUACCAUUAGAGGCCACCAGGGAUAGCGACGCCUUGCUGCCGCGCAGCCUCUCCCCCGGCCACGCCGGCCGCUCAAGCAACAAAAAAACGCGGACGUCUUCCGCGGCAUCCGGCGGCGGGUCUUCAUCGAAGAUAAAUGACGGGAAUUCCAGCUCGAAGCCUCCGUGCGCCCCGCGCGGAAGGGGCUCAUCAGCGGCAUCGAACCCCGGUACCGCGGCCAUGGAGGUUGCAGCGCACGAGAUCGCCUUGUCCGCGACGCCGACCGCCCUGUCUUGGGCGGUGGUUGCCCUGCUCGCGGACGGCGGGGGUAGGGUAAGGGGCGGGGAUUUCGUCGGUGGAGUUGGUGGGAGGGAGCAAGGGCACCUCCUUCCUCGCUCAAGGGACAAGUACCCGACUCCGGGCACCCCAGGAGUGGACAGCCGACAAGUCAGCCGCCGUCUUUCCGCGAGGUGGGCAACCCUGCUGGACAUGUUUCACUCUAGAUGGCGGGGGUUUGGGGCCGCACUUCUCGUCCGUCUGGUUGAGGCACUCCUCGACAACGAUUCAUCAACACCCGGAGAAGCCGUAAACGCCGACGAUGAUGGCACAAGCGCGUGUGGCGGCGGCAACGGCAGUGGUGGUGGCGGAGGAGCAGGAGGAGGAGGGGGAGGAGGAGGCCUAGAGAGGCAGGCCGCCUUCAUCGAGAUAUGGGCAAGGGUACGAGGAGCUCUUCGGGAGGAGGCUGUACACGAUAGGCUACCGCCCACGUUCUUCCAAGCAAAGGAGGCUUUGUGGGAGGAAAAUGAGAGCACCUGGGUGGACAAGCCAGGCGAGUGUUCACGCCGUUCAAGUCCACCAUGA